UCCGGCACUUUUCCAAUCGCAACCACGUGGAAACCCCCAGUUAGCGGCGGCCGACCAACAAGGGCCUGCCGGUAAAGGGGUCAGUGUCAGUGCCAAGAUGGCCGAAGCCAGCGACGGCAACGUCAAGGCAAGCGGAAUCGGUAACGUCAACACUCUUGAAAAUCUGGAAUUGAACGCCGACUCGAAGUCGAGUGCCCAAAAUCGACCAUUCGACAAUGCCGAUUUCCCGUCGAUACCGAACGAGCCCGGUCAAGCGGGUGCUAAUUUGGGCCUGGAUCCCAACGGAGGCCAUUUGCGCGUAGAUAAUCGCUUCUCGGCUAUCGACUACGAGCGAAUCAGACAGAAUUACUACAGCGACCCGCCCAUAAACCAACGCUACUACUCGUCCUUCAAUGAAAUUCCCUUUUCCGGCGGACCUCCUUACAGGUCACCCUUGCCCGAGAGAUUCUCCAAUUUGGAUUUCAGUGGCGUCAACGGAGCUGGACGUGCUGGCGGGCCAUCGUCAGAUUCAAGGCUGGGCAACGGCGGGCUUGGACACCCGUACUUUGCGAACUUCUUCCAAGGCCCCUACCAAUCGCUCAAUUACAACAACAUACCAGGCGGUGGGAACGGCGCAGCCGUAGGCGGCUCGCCUAAUAACGACAGGGCUUCCUUCGAAAACUUUGACCGCGCUUCGCAAAGCUUUCGCUCGCCCUUCGGUCUGCAAUACCCAGCUGGUUUUGCUGGUCCCGGCUCUGGCGCCAACUUUCAAGCUCUCGGCGUCGGUGCUGACUUUGGAGCUCCUAGUGGCGAUGGAGGCUUCCUUCCUUCUGCUGGCUUUGGCCGUGAAGGUGACUCGUCAUUGAGAGCUUCCACUUCGAAACAAUCGGUUGCUCGACCCGUGGCUCCGCAGAGCUCCGAGGAAAAUAGGCCGAGUAUCGAGCAGUUGAACGGCAGCGAUGAACGCGAGAGGAUAGAUCGCCAGCAGAAAGUUGGUUUUGUCGACAACAACGACAAGCCCACCAAUUCCGAGAGACGAGAAGCUUCAGUCGGAAAUAAUACGCGAUAAACUUAUAACGUGCUCUAUACCGUUCAUCACAACGA